AUAUGACUUCACUUAGGAUUCAAAUAAGUGAUGCAAAUUGUAUUGAAAAAUAUAAUAAACACAACAAUUACUCCAAUCACAUUUCUGUCAAAAUGAUAGCACCGAACCAUUUGGCGGAUAUAAUCAGGGACCAUUUGGAUAAAAAUGACUCCGAAUGUAUGGCUAACGACGAGCUCCAUAAAUUUACAUCUGAAGGCAGUGGCAAUACUACCGGUUCCUUGAGCUCUAUAUCUAUGGAUAAAUGUCAAGAAGAAUACAAUUUAAUGCAAUUCAACACAAAAGACAACAAUAACUCUAUCGGAACCAUAACUCGUGUCAAACAUAUUGAAACUGGACUUCACUUUUAAUUCAAUCAUUUAUCAGUUUAUUUCAUACUUGUGUUUCAUACACCGUAC